UUCACCGGCGAAGGAGGACACUGAUGUGAAAGGAGUUAGACCGACAAAAAAAAGUACCAACAUGAUUUAGACUCUUCUGUAGUCUGCUUAACGGAGGGGGAAUGGGUAGGCUAGUGGUGCCCGCUAUUUUGGAAGAGAGGAUUUUCAUCCAUUUGAACCAGUAAUACUGUACAGAGAUGCCAAUACAUCUGAUGGGGUAAAGAUAAAACAUUUGAAAAGAGCAGCAACAAUCUGUAUUCUGGAGGGCCGGAGAGCACGUAGGGAUGCUCGAGCGUUGUCACAGCGACACAACUUGCUAGGACACCGUGCACGCGCCCCGCCGAGAGGCAGCGUGAGCGAGCUAAAGAAGCAAUCGCACAAGCGCAGCAUCUUUUCGGUGCAUGGCUAUAACGGGUCGGAGGGGAAUCAGGGAAAACCACCGCUAUUACCCAGAGACGAAGCAGGCAAGCACCACCAUGAUUCAAAUCGUCCUCGCUAUUUAAACUGUCGUUUGAGCUAUCCUCUCCAUCCACAAAGGGCAAGCGGGAUGUUUUUUUUUGUUGGUUGAAAUUCAACCUGCUUGCAAAAUCACUGUUGCCAAUUUAUGUAGGCGAGGAUUUAGACUAGAUAUCGUUUCGUUGUCAACAAAUGAGAUAUAAAGAUAUAUAUAGAGACUCGUCAGAUGAAAAGCCACCGCUGGAAGAAUUAUUCCAAAAUCAGUUUACAUGCCUUCAUCUCGUGUGUAAUGCGCCUCACGCAGCAAUAGGCUUUAUUUGUUAGUAGCCUUUUCCUUUCCUUUCGUCGUUGUCUCCCUGUCCCUCAUCAGAAUGUGGUAGCCCGGUCAAUCUACCGGGAUUGAGCGGGUGUUGUCGGUAAACAGAACCUGGGAAGCUUUCUAAAACCGUCUCCUUCUCCAAAGGACUAUGAUUCAAUAUUUCCCCAUCUAGAGGAACGUUGUGACAGCGAUCUAGAAGUCAAAGAGGAUUCCUUUUGAAAACCCCUUGGAAUCUUGCUACCCUUUAGACCACAUAACAGGGUUCGUUUGUGACGGCGACAGUUGACCAGGAACUGUGACCGCAGCCAUCGACCGUGAUGAGGACCGUACAGGAGGAUGGAACGUAACAGAGUUCUGACCAUGGAACCGUUCUCGACCGCGACCGUAGAACACCAACACUGACCACAACCACACCUUCUAAAGACCGCCCGGUCUCCCCCUAACCCCCAACCUCUCCAGCCCCCCUGUAUUACACCACUCCUCCUCCACCCAUCCUCCUGUCCUCACUCCCUCGCUCCAGACCACCCUUUCUGAGGGUCCACUUUUUCUUUCAUAAACACUCUCAACUACCCCUUCUCUCUUAUUCUCUUUCUAUCCCAUUUCUCUCCAAUAUUCUAUAUCUUCAUGAACAUUGAGUCCUCUUUGGAACCCUAACAUAGACGGACGAUAAUCGUUGAGUUGGAGGUGGAGUCUAUAGCUAUCAGUCAUGUAUCUUUUCCCUCUAUCCCUGUGUAAGCCAAAUGGGCGGGGUCUCAGCUUUAGUCCCCGCCCCCGCUGCAACAUGGCCGACACCUGCCUAGUCUGGCUGUUGGGCUUGGCUCUCCACCUCUCUCUGACCUCCUGCCAGAAGAUAGACCCCACCAACAAGCUGCCCACAGUGACCACCAACUACGGCAAGCUGCGCGGGCUCAAAAAGGACCUGAACAACGAGAUCUUGGGGCCGGUGGAGCAGUACCUGGGCGUGCCCUACGCCACCGCGCCCAUCGGAGACCGGCGCUUUCAGCCGCCCGAGGCACCGGGCUCUUGGCAGGAGAUCCGCAACGCCACAGCAUUCGCCCCGGUAUGCCCGCAGAACGUGCACGGCGUGCUGCCAGAGAUCAUGCUGCCGGUGUGGUUCACAGACAACCUGGAUGUGGCGGCCAGCUACAUCCAGAACCAGAGCGAGGACUGCCUCUACCUCAACGUCUACGUGCCCACCGAGGACGACAUCCGUGACCGCAGGAAGAAGCCGGUGAUGCUGUUCAUUCACGGCGGCUCCUACAUGGAAGGAACCGGAAACAUGUUUGACGCCAGCGUCCUCGCCGCCUACGGCAAUGUCAUCGUGGUCUCUAUGAACUAUCGUCUGGGCGUGCUCGGUAAAAUCUGAUUACUUCUAUAUCUACACACACACUCACACGUGUACGCACACACACACACUGUUUCCCAGUUAUCUGAAAUAGACGAUUUCCUCCAUCUGGUGAUGGGAAAAGAUUUUGAAGGAGAAAUGCAAUACAGAGGAAAUAUCUCCCAUCCUUUCAACUAUCUGUUUUCUCCAAGGUUUCUACACAGAAUUCCACUGUUGAUUGCUCUUGUCUGCAGAGUUCCUCUGAUGUAAGACUUGGAAUCGAUUGAUCUGGUCUGAUGCAAGUGCUCUGUGCGUAGACAGAGUCAGAGUGUGCUCCCUGUAAAUAUAUUUAUUUUUACAAGACAGAAAUAUUGGAGCGAGGCAUAGUCAUGCAAAUUAAAGUUGGCCCAGGCAUCUUUAUAGGGUCAGAAAUAUACUUCCCUAUUUCUCUCUUUAACUGCACAUCAACUCAGAGCAGAGCAGAGGAGAGCAACAGAACAUAUAUAACUUAUAUUUCAUCUUACAAAAGUAGAAGUAGAUAAAAUUCGAGUCGGUUUAUUAAGGCCUAUCACACUGUAUGCCAGGUCGCAGGUUUUUUUAUUUUAUCAUUAUUUUACCAGGUAAGUUGACUGAGAACACGUUCUCAUUUGCAGCAACGACCUGGGGAAUAGUUACAGGGGAGAGGAGGGGGAUGAAUGAGCCAAUUGUAAACUGGGGAUUAUUAGGUGACCAUGAUGGUUUGAGGGCCAGAUUGGGAAUUUAGCCAGGACACCGGGGUUACCACCCCUACUCUUACGAUAAGUGCCAUGGGAUCUUUAAUGACCUCAGAGAGUCAGGACACCCGUUUAACGUCCCAUCCGAAAGACGGCACCCUACACAGGGCAGUGUCCCCGAUCACUGCCCUGGGGCAUUGGGAUAUUUUUUAGACCAGAGGAAAGAGUGCCUCCUACUGGCCCUCCAACACCACUUCCAGCAGCAUCUGGUCUCCCAUCCAGGGACUGACCAGGACCAACCCUGCUUAGCUUCAGAAGCAAGCCAACAGUGGUAUGCAGGGUGGUAUGCUGCUGGCGAUAAGUGUGUGUGUAAAUGAGAACUUGUUCUCAACUGGCCUACCUAGUUAAAUAAAGAAAAUGCUGUACUUUAGUAAGGUCUAUCACACUGUGAUGCAUGCUGUACUUUAGUAAGGUCUAUCACACUGUGAUGCAUGCUGUACUUUAGUAAGGUCUAUCACACUGUGAUGCAUGCUGUACUUUAGUAAGGCCUAUCACACUGUGAUGCAUGCUGUACUUUAGUAAGGUCUAUCACACUGUGAUGCAUGCUGUACUUUAGUAAGGUCUAUCACACUGUGAUGCUUGCUGUACUUUAGUAAGGU